AUGCGGUUUGGAAGAAAAUGGAAGUUGAGCCCUAGGUUUAUUGGUCCUUAUGAAAUCCUUGAGAGGAUUGGAAGUUUAGCCUACCGUUUGGCGUUGCCCAUGGAAUUGGAGAGAGUGCACAACGUGUUUCACGUAUCACAGCUCAAGAGAUAUGUUCACGACCCAGCUCAUGUCUUACCACCGGAAGUAAUACCGUUAGAUGAGGACUUGACCUAUGAGGAAAGGCCGCUCAGAAUUCUGAAUUUCAAGACUCGGGACACACGUAGGAAGUCCGUAAAGUUAGUGAAGGUUUGGUGGACGGAUCACGGGUUUGAGGAAGCUACUUGGGAGCUGGAGUCAACCAUGCGGGAGCGGUAUCCAGAGUUGUUCUCCUGUAACACCCCCAUUUUCCAUUAA